AUGGCUUCCUCUAUCACUCUUCCAGUCGAAGAAGUGCACCAUGUCAGCCCUGAGCUUUCUCUUACACCACCUGCGAGGGCCUUCUUCCCGAUGAACAGCUGCAACUCUUCAACACACACCCUCGUUGUUCCGGAACCCCCUCACGAAGCCCCGACGUCCGUCGCUUCAACCCACGAUUCCGACGACGAUGAAGACGAGAUCACCGUUCCCGAUAAGAAAGGCAACCGGGCCUACCGGUAUCUGCGCUGGAACUUUGGCUCCGUCUACCGUCGCAUCUUCACCUUCGCCUUCCUCGCCAACAUCGCGUGCCUCAUCUUCGUCAUCCUCAACUCCGUCCUCACCGGCGCCGCCCUGACUCCCCAGACCUGCGCCACAGCCGUCUCCGCCAACAUCCUCGCGGCCCUCUUCAUCCGCAAUGAACACACCGUCAACGCAAUGUUCAAGGUCUUCGUCCUCUUCCCCGCCAAAGCUCCUUUGUCCGUCCGCCGCGCCUUCGCAAAGGUCUACUCCUACGGUGGCAUCCACUCCGGCUGCGGCAUCGCCUCCUUCUUCUGGUUCGUCCUCUUCCUCGUCGUCCUCACCGCCGAAAUGGACCGCCCCAGCUCCGCCCUGCGCGCCUACAUCCUCCUCGACAGCUACCUCAUCGGCCUCCUCCUCUUCCUGAUUAUCGCCUUCGCCCACCCGCGCGCCCGCGUGCUCCUGCAUAACUGGUUCGAGGGCACCCACCGCUUCCUCGGCUGGUCCGUCGUUAUCCUCUUCUGGGCCCUCGUCAUGAUGCUCGCCGAGGACUCCAGCGACGCCGCCAACAUCCCCUACGCCGCCUCCGUCGUCAUGACUCCGUCCUUCUGGAUGCUCAUCGUCAUCACCGCGCUCGUCGCCUACCCCUGGACCCGCCUGCGCCUGCGCGACGUCGAGGCCGAGGCCAUGUCCGCCCACGUCGUCAAGCUCAACUUCGACUACGCCGACGUGCACUACGGCCAGGCCGUCCGCCUCACCGACGCGCCGCUCCGCGAGACGCACGCCUUCGCCGUCAUCCCGAACCCCGCCGCCCCGACCGCCGCCGACGCCGAGAAGGGCCAAGUCAACGGACUCAGCAACGCCGGCAAGAAGGGCUUCUCGGUGCUCGUGUCGAACGCCGGCGACUGGACAGACAAGAUCAUCAAGAACCCGCCCAAGAAGAUCUGGACGCGCGGCGUCCCGCAGUACGGCGUGCUCCGCGUGGCCGGGCUCUUCGAGCCCUGUAUCGUAAUUGCCACCGGCUCCGGCAUCGGCCCGUGUUUGAGUCUGUUUGUGCAGAAGCCCAACCACCCGGUGCGCAUCAUCUGGUCCACGCAACGGCCCGUCGAGACGUACGGACAGGCGGUGAUCGACACCAUCUACAAGGCCGACCCGAACGCCGUCAUCAUCGACACCAAGAAGACGGGCCGUCCCGAUCUGGUUGCGAUUACGUACCGGAUCUGGGAGAGCAGCCGGCGCCAAGCGGGUAUUGCGCAGAUUGAGAACACUGCCGGCAAGAACAUGGGUCCUUGUGAGGCGGUGGUCAUCAUUUCCAACCAAAAGGUGACGAGGAAAGUCGUUUACGGGCUUGAGAGCAGGGGCAUUCCUGCCUACGGUGCGAUUUUCGACUCUUAG